UCAUCUAACUUCAGUCAAUAUCCAUACAAACUUUGGCUUCAUCGCAGGCAGUGCUUUUACUUGAGGAAAUUUCUUUAUGCAUUCGCGGUGAAAGUUGUUUAUUGAAGUAAACAUUGUAUAUUGCACGAGUUUCACACCAUGACAAAGGAGAAAAUAUUCGAAUCGACUUCAGAGGACGCGACUUCCCUGUCACAUUCAACGCAAUGCAUAAAAACUAUUCCAUAUUUUGAUUAUCCUCCCGCGACGUCUAAUUUUUUUCGUAUUGGUCGUCCCUCUAUAUCUGCACCGCAUUCACGUUCCUGUUCUAUGAGAAAGGUCAAACGUGACCAGAAUACGUACCAAAUGGACAAAAACAGACGAAACAGUCUUCCAUUGGACUAUUCGGAGGUUGAUUGCACCUACCUUUCACCUGAAAUUGAGCAGUCUUCACGUGCGGAUUCCAAUGAGUCCUUCCAACGUGUGAGAUCAUUCAAAAUGACUUCAAAAGGUUUGAUAAACCAUGGUGACUCUAUAAGAAAUAAGAACAGAUCCACAAGUGCUUCAAGAAGUAGUUCUUUGAAAGACAACAGAAGAAAACGCAUGGCGAGUAAUGACUCCUGUGACACGUGUAGUUCUCUGUCCAGUUGUUCUGGUGGGUACUACCGUGUGAGCAUUCUAGGAACUCAUAGUGUAGGGAAAACGGCCAUUAUGAACCAGUUUAUGACUUCUGAAUAUACCGGUGGACUGGACCUUGGGCCAGAUGAAAACAGCAACUCCAUGAAUGUAUCAGUAUUGCUUGACGGCGAAGAAUCGUCUCUAGAAUUCAUGGAUUCCAAUGUUGAUCAGGAUAUUGUCUGCGAGAGUUUCUUCGAUGCCUUCGUGUUUGUGUUCUCUGUGGACGAUGUUACGUCAUUUGAAACAGUUAAUGACACAAUGUACCAUUUACGUCACAACUUGGGUUCCGAUCGACCCUUCAUCCUUGUUGCCAAUAAAAUCGACCUCGUGCGAAACAGAAAAGUCACCCCAGCAGAGGUCAGAAAAGUUGCAGAUCGACAUGAUGCUAAAUAUAUAGAGACAUCUGUUACACUGCACCACCACGUGGACGAACUUUUAGCGGGAAUUCUACGUCAGAUCCGGAUCAAAUUGAACGUUAUAUUGCCUGAAACUACACCGACGAAGAGCAAGAAAGGACCCAAAGGACUUCUGAAAAAAUUAUUUCGAAAGAACAAAAAAAGUGGGGAACCUGAAGAAAAUGUCUUCGAUUAACAAACUUAUUUUGAAAUAUUCAUCGCACAAUCCAUCGCAACGUUCAUCGUUUGACAUCUUUUCCUUCCUUUGAUAGUGCUGGUUUUCAAAGUUCACAAAAUUAUUUUCAUCACUGUAAAUGCCAAAACAACAGAUAACAAAAAAAAAAAAAAAGAAUGGUAUAAAGCAUAUUAUUUACGUCAAUUUGUAGCAAAAGAAAAUGAUUCUUUUCACAAUCAUUCAAUUAUAAAAGUCGUCGACAUAUCAUUAGCCAUAUUUUCCCCCUUUUUUCAUCAAAUCGUCCGCACGUUUUUACGUCAUACUUGUUGAGCUUUUGCUUUACAUACAUUUGUAAAUAUCAUCGAACAAAGAUUAUUGUGAAUACCAUUCCAGUCGCCUUAAUGAAUACAAAUUACUGAUACAAUUUAUAUUUUGUAUAAUGAACAGAUCGACAAUCCUUGUAAAUGUGAUAAACUGUAUGUAUUUGCCACAAUAUAUAUUUUGUUACAAAAUAAAAUAAAAGAUUUUGAAAAAGAU